AUGCCAUCAGAUUCGGUUUCCUUUCUCUUCCACAGAUCCGCCCACAUCAAAAUCAGAAUCAUCUUUACUCUCUCUGAACCUAGCCUCGAAAUCAAUGUCAAGCAAGAACGGUUUAUUCAACCCGUUUUCUUCAAACUCGGACACAAGACAUCAACAGUCACACGGCGGGAAUCACCCACCGCCGCCGUAGAUGGGAUGAAGUCGGAGAUAAAAGCACCACCACACAUCAAAGGCUUUGGACAGCAAAAAUAUUUUGGACAGCAAAGGCAUUUGGACAGCAAAAAUAUUUUGGACAGCAAAGCAAGCUCUAAACAAGUUGGGACAACAAGUUCUAAACAAGUUUUUGGGACAGCAAAGAACAAAUCAACUCAAAUACAGUACAACAAAAACAAAAAAUGA